AUGGCGUCCAACAACAUGCUGCCGCCGGCCAUUGAUGCCGCCGCAGAGGACCAGCGCUUCGCCGACGAGGUGCGCCAGGUCAAGCAGUGGUGGAGCGAGCCGCGCUGGAGACACACCAAGCGGCCCUUCACCGCCGAGCAGAUUGUGUCGAAGCGCGGCACUCUGCCCAUCCAGUACCCCAGCAACGCCCAGGCAAAGAAGCUCUGGGGCCUGCUCGAGAAGCGCUUCGCCGAGAAGGACGCCUCCUACACCUACGGCUGCCUCGAGCCCACCAUGGUCACCCAGAUGGCCCAGUACCUCGACACGGUCUACGUCUCCGGCUGGCAGUCGUCGUCCACCGCGUCGUCCUCGGACGAGCCCGGCCCGGAUCUGGCCGACUACCCCUACACGACCGUGCCCAACAAGGUCGGCCACCUCUUCACGGCCCAGCUGUUCCACGACCGGAAACAGCGCCACGAGCGCCUGAGCCUGCCCAAGGACCAGCGCAACAAGGCGCCUCACGUCGACUACCUGCGCCCCAUUGUGGCCGACGCCGACACGGGCCACGGCGGCCUGACGGCCGUCAUGAAACUGACCAAGCUGUUUGUCGAGAAGGGCGCCGCCGGCAUCCACAUCGAGGACCAGGCGCCCGGCACCAAAAAGUGCGGCCACAUGGCCGGCAAGGUGCUGGUGCCCACCAGCGAGCACAUCAACCGCCUCGUGGCCAUCCGCGCGCAGGCCGACAUUAUGGGCGUCGACCUCGUGGCCAUUGCGCGCACCGACGCCGAGGCCGCCACCCUCAUCUCGUCCACCAUUGACCCGCGCGACCACGCCUACAUCCUGGGCGCCACCAACCCCAACCUGCCCGCCCUCAACGACCUCAUGACCCAGGCCGAGGCCGCCGGCAAGAGCGGCGACGCCCUGCAGGCCAUUGAGGACAAGUGGCUGGCCGACGCCCGCCUCCAGCGCUUCGACGACCUCGUUGCCGACGCCCUCGCCAAGGCCGGCCGGGGCGCGUCGGCCAUCGCGGCCUACAAGGCCGCCGCCAAGGGCAAGUCGCUGACAGAGGCCCGCGCGGCGGCCCGCCAGGCCCUCGGCGCCGCCGCCGCCGACGCGCUGCACUUUGACUGGGACGCGCCCCGCACGCGCGAGGGCUUCUACCGCCUCAAGGGCGGCUGCGAGUGCGGCAUCGCCCGCGCCAUCGCCUACGCCCCCUACUGCGACGCCAUCUGGAUGGAGAGCAAGCUGCCCGACUACAAGCAGGCCACCGACUUCGCCGAGGGCGUCCACGCCGUCUACCCCCACCAGAAGCUCGCCUACAACCUGAGCCCCUCCUUCAACUGGAAGACGGCCAUGCCCCGCGCCGAGCAGGAGACGUACAUCCGCCGCCUGGCCCAGCUCGGCUACUGCUGGCAGUUCAUCACGCUGGCCGGCCUGCACACCACCGCCCUCAUCAGCAACCAGUUCGCCCGCGCCUACGCCCAGAACGGCAUGCGCGCCUACGGCGAGCUUGUCCAGGAGCCCGAGAUGGACGGCGGCGUCGAUGUCGUCAAGCACCAGAAGUGGUCGGGCGCCACCUACGUGGACGAGCUGCAGAAGAUGGUCACCGGCGGCAUCAGCUCCACGGCUGCCAUGGGCAAGGGUGUGACCGAGGACCAGUUCCAUUAA